AUGGGAAGGAAGGAGUCAGUGGAGAUGGAGCUGUACAGCGCUCGUUUCAGGACCGUUUUGCUCGUUGCGAUGGCAGGCUUGUUAUUAAUGGCGCUUAACCAGCGAAUGGAGACGUAUUCACCACAGACCAUCUACGUGCGGCGGCCCGUGGCAAAAUUACAAUCAGAUGAGGUGGUUAUCGCUUCCCCAUCUGCGAGCCGACAAUACAAGACAAAGUUCCCCCCCUCGCGGACAGGUCGGCAAAACACGGGCAUCGAUGGGAAACUAAAGGUUCCCAACGUGCUGCACUACGUCUGGUUAACCGACCCAAAAGCUAAGGGCGCCACAAUUCAUUCCAUGACUCUGUACCGUAUGCUUGGUCCGAUCAGUGCCUGCAGGAACCUGCGACCAGACCGCAUUAUCUUACACAGUAACCAGCGCCCGAGUGGCCGCUUGUGGGAUGAGCUGUUUCGCAUAGUGCCGAUAGAGCACGAAUACUACCCCGAUGUUAAAGAGGUGUUUGGCCAGCCCGUCGAUAAUAUAGCACAUCGCUCUGACGUAGCGCGUAUUGAUAUCAUACGAUCACACGGCGGCAUCUAUCUUGACUUUGAUGUCGUCGUUCUCAAGUCGUUCGACCCGCUUCGUGUGCACGACUGUGUACUUGGUGUUGAGUCAGGCAAGGCGGCUGGUACGAGAAACAUGACCAACGCAGGCGUGAUCAUCGGUGCGAAAAACGCCACUUUUCUGAACAUGUGGUACGAUGGCUACCGUGACUACCGCGAAAAUUGGCUGUACAACUCGGCAGUCGUGCCGAAUAAACUGCGUGCGAAGCACGGGCAGCUGCUGCACGUGGAUCCGAAUAUUUGGCACGACACUUCUGGACACAUCUUCAAGAGUUUCGCCGACCUAAGUCACACGUAUGCCUAUCACAUGUGGGUAAAUCAUAAUUUCCGGAAUGUGCCGGGCGUUAACAAGCAUGAUAUAAACCCUCAAGACGCCUUCCUCAUGAAUAACACCUUCGGUGAACUACUGCUCAGGUUUUACACUCAUUAUUACUGGUUGGGCAAUACUUCCGUUCCCGCUGCCCCGUAGAUGGCUGCAAUUGUUUGGAAAACGGCUGUGCAGUGUAGUUGCUAGUAAACACUGUUCAUCCCAGCCGACCUUUCCCAGCCUAGCUUGAACAAUAACACAGAAGUGCGAGCGUUCACGCGUGCGUGCGUGCGUGCGUGCGUGCGUGCGUGCGUGCGUGCGUGCGUGAGUGCGUGCGUGAGUGCGUAUAUGUGCCAAAACAUCCUGCAUGGUAUAGCAUUCCCAGGCGGGAAAGUUUGGCCACAAGUCUUUAAAUAGUUUUUAAUAAACUGGUUGACGAGAAGGUUUUUAAAGUGAACUUGAUCUAGAAUUUAGAAGUUUUUGCCAUUUCUUUAAUUGCGCAUUCGUGUGGCGGCUGAAAAAUGCACAUACGGCGCACUUUUCAGUAUAAAAACAUCUUGUAACUUGACCGUUUUUGAAAAAAAAAUAUUCUGGAUAAACAUUUGAGAUAACAAAAUGCACAUUGUGUCCUGCAAUGGAAGGUCUUUGUUGAGGUGUCUCAACAUUACUCCUGUUCAGUCAUGGGAAUUUCAUAAUACGCUUAGCAUGGUCGCCAAUGGAAAAU